AUGUCUUACGCAGAGAUGGCUGCCAAGGGCCCCAAGCAGAGCCCCGAGGAGACAGGCGUAAGUCAUACCUUUCAUCUUCUUGUAGUCGUUUGUCUGCGAAGGCGACUGCUUAGGAUAGUUCGCGGCAUGCCGUGGUACCCUACGGUCUUCAAAACACGAGCAAUGAGCUUCAAGGCUUUGAGCUGUAAAGUCGUUCUAACAUGUACUCACAGUCGCGCCCCAGCUCAACCGCAAGUCGAGCACGCCUCUGAUGAUAGCGUCCACUCCCUUGUCGACGUAGACAGCCCGCACAUUUCUUCCGUUCCCUCCGACUACGAGUCGCAAGAAAUCAAGACCGACACUCAGGCUGAGCGCAUCGAACGCGAAGAGGAAAUCAAGGAAGAAGUCAAGAACGUCAAAGAACGGGCUGCUGCAAAGAAGGAUGCCGCGAAGGAGAAGGUGAAGAAAAACGCCGAUAACCCGGUUGUGCUGAGCAAUGCGGUCGGUCUGGCCGUCGUUGGUGGCAUUGUUGGAUUCGGCGCAUACAGGCAGUAUGUUCGCGGCGAGUUGACCGGCAAGGUCGUCGCAGCAUGGGCUGCUGUCAUUGGACUGUUUGGUGUUGGCGACUACUAUGUCAGCCAGUACUUCUUCAAGCGCAACCCCCCGAAAUAG